GCAGUUGGAACCGUUGAGUGCGCCACUGGUGAGAAUAUCCGGGUUUCACUUGAUUCUCCACGCGCUGCAGUCUUUCUUUUGAAGGACUCGUUUUUACAGCGUAUGGGUGAUACACGCUCCAAUUUCGACCGUGGGCCUCCUGACUUUCACAUUUCGGACCGAUUUUCCACCACCUACUCCUCCAGUUAUAGGCCGUUUACGGAAACGCGAAAGAAUGUGGAACUUCAUUGUGGGACACAUACGAAGCCUACCACCUCUUUCGUCAACGGCAGCGUGUCCACCACACCACAACGUGGUUCACGUGCCUGGUCAUCUGACCUAUCACCAUACGUUGAUCCAGCCAAUGCAGCGAGGAGCACCAAUCCACCGUCCGGCCAACCAUCUGCCAAUCGCACCCUAGCUGCGAUUGACUGUUCGGACAAUGUGGGAGUUCGUCGACUUUGGGAUGAUCUCGUGUCACUCAGAUUUGAUCCACAACGUCCAAAACCAUCCGGUCUGUCCGUGUCGGGGACUCCCAUAAAUCGCGCCGCGCUUAGAACACACGAUAUCUCCAGUGGCGCCAACUGCAUUACUGGUUCGAGUCUGCUCUCUCUUGGUCCAUUAAAUAAAAACUAUACCAGCACAUACACAACAACAGUUACACCGGACAACUCAGAUCCUUCGUUUUCUGCCUCGCGCGAUCCCAUUUGUGACAAAGCAGUACAAGCGGUGAACCCUAGUUCCCCCGGGCUUUCCUCUCAAUCACAGCGUGCUUUGAACUCCGGAACUACCUCUGUAACCCCCAAAGCAGACAGUCACUCCGAGUUGCCACUUAGCAAGAAAACCGCCUCAUCUAGAGAACCCAAUCUUUCGGUCAAUCCUGCUACUCUUUUUCAGCCUGCUACUUACAAUUUCGAUUACGGACAGAUGUUCAGCCAAAUCGCACGAAUCAACAGCCAUUUAUACCUGAGUAGUUUGAGUGCAUUGACCCCCGAUCGACUGCGUCAGCAUGGUAUCACUCUACUUGUGUCUGCUAUGGUCGAUGCACCACCUUUGCAGCUGCGAAAUGCUGUGAGUAGCUCUCUGCAUGUGGCCGUCGAGGAUAUGGAAGGUGCCAAUUUACGCGUUCAUUUUGAUCGAGUCGGCGAUCGAAUCGCUGCUGAACAUCGUCGUGGUGGUCGAGUUCUUGUACACUGCAUGGCUGGUAUGUCGCGUUCAAGUACUUUGGUCCUCGCCUAUCUUGUGCGUCACAUGAAUAUGAGCCUUGCUGACGCUUAUCAACAUGUGCGUAGCAUACGCCCAUGCAUCCAACCUAACCCCAGUUUUUGGCGUCAGUUACUGGAAUAUGAGGAACGCGUACGGGGCUCUCGAUCUGUUCGCCUUCUUCCUUUGGAUUAUAUGAGCAGCUGUUCCAUCACUCCGACCAACCGUCUGCUCUCCAACGGGAGGGUCAUUCCGCGGACAUCCUAUCUGGAUUUGUAUUCACGCUCUACAGGCGAUUUGUUACCGUACCGACCACUGACCUCUCUAUAUUCUAUUGAUUCUGGAAAGCCCUACAUUGGGUGCAGACAGCCGUUGGGCUGAUGCAUUUUACCUCUAACUCAAACAGAUUAACUGAUUUUGCUACAGUUUAGUUGCGCUCGCUCUCGCCGUAACAGCCCUAGUGCAUAUAGCCAUGAUAGUAUCCACUUAACCGGAACAGUGUGGCUUCCGGCUAUUCACAUCAGAUUCGGCUAUUUCCCUUCAUUCUUUUGCCUUCACCUAGAAGAUAACUCAUUUCUUGCUGUACCAUGUACUCAGAUACAUUGAACCCACUAUUUUUCAUCCCUUUGUUCAGCUACUGUGUUUCAUUAUUUCCUUAUAUGGUCUUUAUUUUGCGCUACUGAACCAUCCAGUAAAGUGUUCAUCUUGUAAACAUCCAUUGCCACUUCAUUUUUCCGUCUGUACGCCUGCUUCAUUUUCUACCGAAUCCAGAUUACCACUCACAUUUUGUUUAUUUCAAGUAUCGUUUUUCACUUUCGGAGAUGAGAUCGUUUUUUUCUAUUCAUUUGUCUCCUACUUCAUUCACCUUUGCGUUACUACCUUACACCAUCACUUACACACUUCAUUGGUGUAUCACUCAGGCUCACCGGAUCCUGUUUCUCACAAGUCUUUCCAUUCUAAUGCCCAUUACUUUCCGGUGUUUAUGACGCCUUGUCGCCAGUGGCGCGCUCCUCGUUUGUAGUGUUUCCCCACCUGGUAGUAGAUGUCAGUUGCUUAACACUGGUGUUUUGAAGGCACGCUCAUUUAUUGUUCUUCUUUCGGCCCACAAUUUACAAUCCUUCGUGGUCAUCAACACGAGCUCUAAUGCCUGUGAAAUUGUCCCUGUCGUUGUCAUAAUAUUGCCGGCUCUCUUCAGUCCUGGCAAUUGUCUGCUAUUUUACCUUCAUGUGCAGUGGUGUUUUGCAAGCCAAAGCAUUCACACAGUGGAACUUUGACCUGGGCCGCUCCUCUUUGUUUGCUCUGUGUGCUUUCCAGAAGGCUUCAUCACACUGGUUCGCAUGGGUGUCUAUUCUUUUAUCUGUACACCCGUUUGAAACAGAAGCCAUGUUGCUGAAGUAUGCGGGCGACGUAAUCCUUGACGUCCAUCAUCCACGCAUCGAGUCAUCAUCCAAGCAACAAACACUCCUACACAACCUUGUUCCAAUUCCCCUGCCUACUAUUGGACACGUCCAAAGCUGUCCAGCGGGAACUCUCUAGUGUGGGCUCUUCGCCACACAACUCCACUGCUUCCAACUUUUCCAUGGUAUCCCAUCGAACGACUGACAUCGGAAGUACGCCGGUACUCAGUAUCAACGCUUCGCUACAGCGCAACCACCAACGGUCGUACGUGGGCUUAUUAUACUGCGGUGGUCGUCCUUCCCCUACACAGGUUCGAACCCGUCGUCCUCAGAGUACAAAACAAGCUCGUUAUCGAAGAAGAUGUAAUAAAACGCAGCUUCAUUCGUUUGACAAAUGCGAACUGUUUUAAAAAUACUUUAGUCUAAUUAUAGCAUCAACACAAAUCAAUUUCAACUGCGUUUUUUGAUAACGCGAAUCUUCUUGCAAGCGUUCAUGUGUCUUGGUGCAUUUUCAUUUUUGCUUCCCAAAGUCUCAGCUUUUGUCACAUUUUAGACAAAUGGGUUUAUUUUUAAACAGAGUGGAAACUUAAUAAAAGUUCCGGGAAUGGGACAUUCAUUCGAGGGGGUGGCGCGUUCAUCGAUUCAUCCAGUCGGUGCGCAUCCUUUUGUUUGGCAGACACGCAUUGAAACUGGAAACGGAUAAAUUAUCGACCAUAAAUGAGCCACCUGACCAAGGGAAGAUCUUGAAAACCAUUUGUUUCAUUGAUCGCCAUCUAUGUACCUCGACUCCGCUCCUGUUAUGAUCCGCUCCAUUAUUUCUUGCUCAUCAUGUUAAUCGAUUUUAAGUCCCCAGUUUCAGUAAAAUAAAUGAGCUCCGUGCUACAU